AGCGUUUGCCGUGAUAAUGGCCAGACCUUUUGAUCUUUGCUACGUUCUUUUAUGGUGGUUCUAUUUGCAGAGUGUUGGACUCUGUUUCCUCCACAAAUCUGGAACCUCUUCUUUAUUUAUUUACUUUGCUUCAAAAUUUGUAUGCCUUUUCUAGCUUUAUGUCUCUGUACCGUGCCAUCUUGGCUUUAGGUCUUUUUGCGGUUUUGAAUGAAAAAAAAUAAAAAAAAAAUUGUAUCAAAAUAUAGACAUUAAAAACUUAAUUCAGUAGUAAGUAAAAUAAAUUGCCCCAAUUGAAAUUUGGAUUAGGCUUAGUAUGUCCUUGUAAUGUUUAGAUUAGAAGGUAACUUAACUCUUAAGACUGAACCAACCGACCGCCGUAAACAAAUAAACCCUAAACCUAAAGUUCCGUCUUCCUCUCUGUCACGCUGCCAUGAAAUCUUCCACGACCUCCUCGUCCCUAGCUAUCGCUGGCUUCACAGUUCACACCGAGUAACCGACAACGAACCGACUUCUCAGUAAUCAUUCAUCAUUUUUCAAAUUCGAAUGAAUAAACUCGUAUAAACAACAAGAUGGACAUAAAAGCAUUCCUUUUGGGGAAGUUCAGUGGCCAGAUACCAAACAGAUCUAUGAAGGAAAACAUAGUUCAACAGGAAUGUGAUGCUUGGCAAGUACCUUGCUUUCCAGCUUCCUCAUAUUCAUCCAUAUGUAUGACAAAUCCAGCUCUGGGGAUGUCUCCCAGAAUCGGACCUAAUACGUUGAGGACCAUCAAUGCUUGUGAAUGCGACUUCUUUGAAGGUGAAUUGAACUACUCACACUAUAGAGGAUUCAUGGAGAAUGAUCACAAUGUUUGUGAUGUGGGUUUUGCAUCACCGCUGGAGCAAAAAUUGGAGUUUCCUUAUUCAAAUUUGCUGAACUCGCGACAGGGUACACAGUGGAUUACUGAAGUCUCUGAUAUUUUGAAUAAUCUGAGCUACAAUCCUCCCAGAUCAAUGAUUGAGGAUUUAUUGCAAUCUCAACUGUUGAUGCCAAGGUCUCAAGAGUUUCAUCAGUGGCACCAUCAGCCUUAUGUGCAACUUGAUAAGCCGUUUGAGGCCCAGUCACAGUGUUACCUGGUUGAAGAUGAAAAAUGUUGUAAUGAAACAGCAGGGCAAGAGGCAUCUAAGCUGCCUGAGCUCCAUUCAGAACAAUCUCAUGGUAUUACUGGUGAACUUUACCAGGGGUCUAGAAAACCAAAUAAUGGUCUCAAAAGGGCUUUUUCUGAUGGAGAUCUUAGUGACACCAACUCUGUCAUUACAGAAGAUGUUCUGCCUCCUUCAAAAUAUCUGAAGACAGAAAAUUCUGAUUCCUUUGAAAGAGGAGUUUGGCAUGCAGUUGAUCGUACAUGCAUAAGUGAUAAAAGAAAUGCUGUCGCAGAAAAUUGUCACUCAGAAGUGCCCCUUGAUAGUCAUAAAGAGGAGGAGAUACAAGUGAGGACCAUGUCUGACCAGGCCAGCCUAGAAACAAAAGGUGAUUUAAUUGCCCCUGCAGCCGAUAAUGAGUCUACAAAGAAGUCAGAGGAACCAAAUAUACUAGUCGUGUCUUUUGCUGAUUUUUUCACAGCAGCGCAAAUAAAGGAGCAUAUCUCCAGUCUUAGGCUGUGGAAUAGUCAGAGUAUCAAGGAAGCAUCAGAAAAUACAAUUGCACAUUCUGUUGGUGAAGGCUCGUGCCAGUUGUGUGCCAUGGGAAAGCUUGUGUUCGCUCCGGCACCUAAGUAUUGCUCAACUUGCGGAGCUCGCAUAAAACCGAGUUUGUUUUAUUAUCACAGGCUGGAUGAAAAGGGUGCACAGCAUUGCUUUUGUCCCUCAUGCUUUAGGGUGUCUCGUGGUGAUACCAUCUCAUUCCAAGGGGUUUCCAUAUCCAAAGCAAAUCUGUACAAGGCUUGUAAUAAUGAGGAAAAUGAAGAAUCAUGGGUUCAAUGUAAUAAAUGUGAACAAUGGCAACACCAGAUAUGUGGUCUCUACAAUAAGAAACAAGAUUUGGAAGGAAAAGCAGAGUACAUUUGUCUAAAAUGCCGUUUAGAAGAAAUAGAAAUUGGACAUCAGAUGCCUUUAUCAAAGACUGCAGCAUUUGGAGCAAAAAAUCUGCGAAAGACUAGGCUUAGUGAUCACAUUGAACGAAGGCUCUUUGGGCGUCUCAAGCAAGAGAGAGAAGAGAGGGCAAAGGCUUUAGGAAAGAACUUUGAUGAGGUACCUGAAGCAGCUGAUCUCGUCGUCAGAGUGGUGUUAUCUGUCAAAAAACAAUUGAAAGUGAAACAGCAAUUUUUAGAUAUCUUCCAAGACGAGAAUUAUCCUGCAGAAUCCCCAUACAGGUCAAAGGUGAUUCUUUUGUUUCAGAAAAUUCAAGGUGUAGAUGUAUGCCUUUUUGUAAUGUAUGUUCAAGAGUUUGGUUCAGAAUGCUGUCCACCAAAUCAACGUUGUGUUUAUAUAUCGUAUCUUGAUUCUGUCAAGUAUUUCAUUCCAGAGAUAGAUACCGUUAAUGGCGAUGCUCUUCGUACCUUCGUUUACCAUGAAAUUUUGAUGGGAUACCUAGAGUAUUGCAAGAAACGAGGUUUUUCAACCUGCUAUAUAUGGACCUGCCCACCUUUAAAAGGAGAAGAUUAUAUUUUAUAUUGCCAUCCAGAGACACAGAGAACACCAAAAGCUGAUAAGCUGCGGCGGUGGUACAAGUCAAUGCUAAAAAAAGCAGCCAAUGAGAACAUUGUGGUGGAGACCACUAAUCUAUAUGAUGAAUUCUUUAUUUCUACUGGAGAAAGCCGAACCAAGAUAACUGCAGCUCGUUUACCAUAUUUUGAUGGUGACUAUUGGUCAACUGCUGCUGAAAAUGUGAUUAGAAAUAUUGAGGAAGAAAGUGGAGGAGAUUUACAAAGGAAGGUGAAGAAACUAACGACAAAGAGAAAUUUAAAAGCCAUGGGGCAUACCUCCAAUCCUUCUGGUGAUGCAGUGAAAGAUAUUCUACUGAUGCAUAAACUGGGGCAAACCAUCUUACCCCUGAAGGAAGACUUUAUAAUGGUCUACUUGCAAUACACUUGCAUGUGCUGCCGUGAAGUGAUACUAACUGGAAGCAGGUGGAUUUGCAAUCAAUGCAAAAAUGUUCAGCUAUGUGAAAGAUGCCAUGCUGUGAAGCAAAAUGUCAAUGAGGAUGGAACGCACACUUCCCAGAGCGGGAGAAGACACUUACUCUCUCAGGUGGUGGUGGAUGAUGUGUCUGCUGAUACUGAGGACAAUGACUUAUCUUUCGAUAAUGAUUUCUUUGAGAUUAGGCAUACAUUCUUAAACUUCUGUCAGGAGAACAAUUAUCAGUUUGAUACACUUCGUCAUGCCAAGCAUUCUUCACUGAUGAUCCUGUAUCAUCUCCGGAGUAUGAUAGCACCAAGUUCUGGGACCAACUGCAGCAUUUGCCAUAAGGAUAUUAUAGUAAACCAAGGCUGGCAUUGUGAGACAUGUCCAGAGUUUGAUGUUUGUGCUGCAUGCUAUCAAACAAGAAAUGGUGAGUGUCGUGUUCAUCAUAAGUUAACUAGGCGUUCUGCUGCUGCUAAUUGUGAGUCAAACAGCAACCAGGCUCAGCCUCAGCAGGUAAAGUUGAGUGAAUAAGUGGAUGUUCUACCACGUGCCAUUCAAUGCCGUGCAACCCAAAGCAAUCCAUGUUCCUACCCCAUGUGCCUUCAAAUCAAAAGACGCCUCAUGCAUGCACAUCAAUGCAGUCUUUCUUUUGGGUGGUGGGCAUUGUAAACUAUGCCAUUCAACCACGAUGAUACUGAAGUCCCACUCAAAAAUUUGAAAAGAUUCAGAUUGCAUAAUACUGAGUUGCAGGGCUGCGAAGAGUAGGUUAGAAAAGGUCUAAUUUUCAGUCUAAAACUCGGUGAAGGGCUGCUGGUACGGGUCAGGAAACAACCGAGGUUGCUGGAAACAGUUGAUUGUCCGAGUGUAUAGGAAUACCGUGGUUGCUGGAAACAGUUGAUUGUCCGAGUGUAUAGUAAUACUGAGGUUGCUGGAAACAGUUGAUUGUCCGAGUGUAUAGUAAUAGAUGGAUCAUCAACGACAGCACCCGUUGCUGGAACAGUUGAUUGUCCGAGUGUAUAGUAAUACCGAGGUUGCUGGAAACAGUUGAUUGUCUGAGUGUAUAGUAAUACCGAGGUUGCUGGAAACAGUUGAUUGUCCGAGUGUAUAGUAAUGGAUGGAUCAUCAACGACAGCACCUGAGGUUGCUAGAAACAGUUGAUUGUCCGAGUGUAAAGUUAUAGAUGGGGAUCAUCAACGACAGCAGCCGCUUAUACUGAUCAAUACCAUUCAAAGUAGUAGUAUUUGAAUAUACUGACUUGUUUAUUUUGAUGGUUCUAUAGAUUACUUCACUGCACUGUGCAGGGAGUUCAUUCAAACAGUGUGUCAUUUGUAAUUCCAGAAUAGUUAUCAUGUGAAUAAAAGGAUGCUAUUCAUGAAUAAAAAUAUCCGGUGAUCGAUUUUUACCUUC